GGGGAUUUUCCGGAGGAGAUUAUCAUGAAAUUACUUGUGAGAUUGCCUGUGAAGUCGGUUAUGAGAUUCAAGUGCGUGUCAAAGGGGUGGAACCAUAUGAUCUCCAAUGCUGCUUUUCGUACGACUUAUCUAUCUCGACAUGGUGAAGUUGAACAACCCUUUGGAUUCUUUUACCAUCGUCCAAGACCCAAUUUUACGUAUCACGGACCUUCCAUGAGAGGUAUUGGACCAACCAAGUUUAUCAACACCACUAAUGCUGCUGAGAGACCAGAAUUGAAAAAUCUAGAUUAUUUGCACGAGCUCGGCUACAUAUUAGUCUCGUCCAAAGGCCUUCUUCUACUUAGCCCCGAUCCUAUGAGUUAUUAUGUGUAUGAUUUCGUUUCCAAAAAGCAUGUCGAGCUUCCGAGAACCCUUAAGUAUUCUUAUGUUGAUGUUGGAUUUGUCUGCAAAGAACAACACAAACAAGGUAGUUAUCAUCUCAGUUACAAGGUGGUAUGUAUAGGAACAACCCACCAUGAGCACAUGUACAAAAGCAAAACCCGAAAACUGGAAACUUAUUCAUCAGAAACUGGCAAGUGGCAAAUUUCAAUCAUGACAGCCAUAUCAGAGUUUGGUUUGGGUCUGCAUUUCACAGCAAAAGUGAUAGGAGGUGUGUUUCACUGGUUUGAAGUUGAGGGCUUAAAGGUUGUUGUAUACAAUCCAGAUGAUUCAGAGGGACACGUAAAAUUGAUUGAAUUGCCCUCUGACCCGGGUGUUCCUCUACUCAGUUCGCAAGGUUUUGGGGGAACACAUGACAAUGAAUGUCUUCAAUUUUAUGACAUCUACCAAUCCAUUGAUGUGUGGAUACUGAAGAGUAAACAAGAGGGUGUGGUGGAAGCUAUUUGGAUGAGAAGGGAUGAUAUGGUUGAACAGAACCGGUGGAUCUUAACUCAUAGAAUCAAGAUGGAGCUUCUUCCAUCUAAAAUUGGAAUUUCUUUUCUACAUCCUAUCGCAAUUUGCCCAUGGAAUCCAGGCUUAAUUUUCAUGUGCAUAUUUCUCAGACCAAAUGAGAUUGUGUCAUAUGAUCAAAUUUACCAAUAGAUUGAAAUCGUGUCAUAUGAUCUAAUUGAUGGGGAAGGAUUGAAGUCAUCUCUUCUUCUUUUACGUCCCUUUUCAAUGGCCAGUGUGGCCCUGUCUGUAGUUUAAUCACACCAUGAAGGGGUGGUGGCAGUGGUGAUAAUGGUGAUGAUGGUGAGAGUGAAAAAUAUGUUCUCAAAUAAAUUCAUUUUACAGAUUGCUUGAAAAU